AUUUCACGGAACGACUCCAAGCGACCUACGAAGUAACGUUAUCGUUUGGAAGUUCCUUGGAACGAGGCGGUUUUUAUAAAAGCCAAGAUGGGGAUCAAAGGGUUAGCUAAAUUGCUUUCCGAUGAGGCACCGGAUUGCAUUCGAGAGGUGGAACUCAAGUCCUUGCACGGUCGCAAGAUUGCGAUUGACGCUUCCAUGGCUAUUUACCAGUUUCUCAUUGCCGUCCGCUCCGGUGGGCCCAAUCAACAAGCCACAAUGUUGACCAACGCCGAAGGCGAAACGACAUCCCAUAUACAGGGCAUGUUUAAUCGAACAAUUCGAUAUAUGACCGAAGGAAUUCGUCCCGUCUUUGUUUUUGAUGGUAAACCUCCUGACGUGAAAUCACACGAGCUUAUCAAGCGCCGGGAAAAACGUGAAAAGGCCCAAGCUGCUUUGGCCGUCGCGUCAGAAGAAGGCAACGUGGAAGAGCAAGACAAGCAAAGUAAACGACUAGUGCGAGCAGGAACUAAAGAAAACGAAGAUUGCCGCAAACUACUGACCCUUAUGGGUGUACCAGUUGUCACGGCGCCUUGCGAAGCUGAAGCCCAGGCUGCCGCCCUCUGCAAGGCGGGGCUCGUGUACGCAACGGGAACAGAAGAUAUGGACGCUUUGACCUUUGCUACGCCGAUACUUGUGCGAAAGCUGACUUUUGCGAACGCAAGCAAGUCGAUGGUACAGACAAUGAAUUACAACAAAGUUAUCGAAGGAUUGGCCAUUUCACACGAUCAGUUCGUCGAUUUGUGUAUUAUGUUGGGCUGCGACUAUUGCGACACGAUCCGCGGUGUUGGUCCGAAAACAGCGUUGAAGCUGAUUCGAGAGCACGGAAACAUUGAAAAGGUUAUUGAGACCAUCGACCGCAAAAAGUUUGUCGUGCCCGAAAGCUGGGUCCCAAAUGAGAAAAAGUUGGAUGCUCAGAGCGACGACGACGAUGAAGAAGGGGUUGAAAGCCCAUCGAAAGAAGAAAACAAUGGUAUAGUUGACACGGAAGAACUGAUCCCAGCGUACGUGCAAGCCCGAAAACUGUUCAACGAGCACGAGGUUCUCAACGAUAUUGAACUGAAAUGGAAGCCGUGUCAAGCCGAGGAUCUUCAAAAAUUUCUGGUAGACGACAUGGGUUUUAAUGUCGAUCGCGUCAAGAACAACAUUGAAAAAUUACAGGCGGCGUACAAAGCCAACAGCAAGCCUCAGACCCGAAUGGACUCUUUUUUUGCCGUUAAAGCCAAUCCUAACGCCGCCAAGUCGGCGGCCAAACGAAAAGCCGACGCGGCCAAAGCCAAGGCCGCCGUUUCCAAGAAAAAGACCAAGAAGCAUUAG